GGAAUCCCCAGUGCGGGGACUCUUUCCAUGAGUCGUCCUCGGAGACGCUAGGAAGAUGUUGGGCUUUAGAGGGCGAGGGGCGAGGCUCCUGGUCCGGUGGGGCAAUGGAUCCUCGGCACCUCAGAGAGGUUUUGCUGCCACUGUUCCAGUGAAGUCAUAUGACAUGAGAAGAGUCGAAAUAACACCACUGGAGCAAAGAAAACUCACUUUUGACACCCAUAACCUAGUGCGUGAUCUAGAGGCACACGGGUUUGGGAAAGAGCAGGCCGAAACCAUUGUGGCAGCGUUAACGUCUUUGUCCACUCUCAGCUUGGAUACUGUCUACAAAGAUAUGGUGACCCAGGCUCAGCAGGAAAUAACUCUGCAGCAGUUAAUGGCUCAUCUUGACUCCAUCCGGAAAGACAUGGUCAUUCUUGAGAAGAGUGAGUUUGCCAACCUGAGAGCAGAGAAUGAGAAAAUGAAGAUUGAAUUGGAUCAAGUUAAACAGCAGCUAAUGAAUGAAACCAGUCAUAUCCGAGCUGAAAACAAGCUGGACAUAAACUUGGAGAGAAGCAGAGUGACCGAUAUGUUCACAGAUCAAGAGAAAAAGCUCAUGGAAGCCACAACAGAGUUUCAUAAAAAGGAUUCGAGCACCAACAGCUCCGUUACGGAAGUCAGCAAUAAAAUCGAUGCCGAGAUCGCAGCCCUGAAAACACUCAUGGAAUCAAACAAGCUAGAAACGAUACGUUAUUUGGCAGCCUCUGUUUUCACUUGUCUUGCCAUCGCCCUGGGAUUCUACCGAUUCUGGAAAUGAAAAGCCAGCCUCCGGGAACAAGGGACAGAACAAGCUGAUUUUCUGAUUUGAAACGACACCACGCUUGGCUGACACAUCUCUGGCAGACUCUUUCAAAGCCUUUUGUGUUGGGUAUUGGUUUUUAAACACAUAACCGAGGUGUAGGGAGUUGUUCUCUCCAGGCACAGUAGUCUGAGCAAAACUGACCUAGUUUGCAUCUCUCGGGGCUAGUUUGGUGCUCCCACAUACUCAAGGCCAAAAGAUCUAUGGGUGGGACAUUUUUAAAAAAAUAGAAAACCAAAAAAGAUGACCCUUAUUCGAUGGAGAGACUGCUAUGCCCACUGUCAUCAUUAUGUAUGUUUUUUCUGACACCCUCCCAGGUGGAAGGACCAUAGCUCAACGGUAGAGCAACUGCUUUGCAUGCAGAAAGUCCCAGGUUCAAUCCUCGACAUCGCCAGUUAGGGCCUGUAACUUUGAACCGCCACUGCCGGUCAGUGCGGACAGUAUGGGCUAGGGGGCCCAAACAGUCUGACUCAGUAGGUAUAGCUUUCUGGGUUCCUAUGAGGAGGAUUCUGCUGGUUCCUCUUGGCCUGAGCAGUAGAGAAAUGGCCUUACAACCCAAUAUGUUGGGGAACUGGAGCUGGAGUCAGGGGCAGGUCAGCAAAAAUAUUGGUGUGGUGUGAAAUUAACUCUUCAGUCAAAGAAACCAAAACAGCACAGGCCUAGUGAUGCUAGCCUGUAUGGAGCUUUACUUUUUCUUCUAAACAACAGAAAAAAUAAAUGCAUACUCGACCACAAGACAUUGACUAUUGCAUUUUUUUUGCUCUGUA